AUGCUGGACAUCGAUGACAUUCUGGCCACUGAGAGCGAGCUGCGUCAAGUGAUAGAGGACCACGGUCCUUUCGAUGGUUUGCUGGGAUACUCCCAGGGUGGAUCGAUGGCUGCUCAAAUCGCCAUCCGACUUCUAAUGGAGAACCCAUACGCCACUCCACAGGAGUUACCGAUCAAGUUCCUGGUGCUCAUCAACAGCGCCGUGCCGCCUUUCAUCAUGCCGUUGGAUGAGCAAAAGGUCACGGACCUGCCGAUUGAAGAGGCGCCAAAGCUGCGGAUGCUGUUCGAUGUCUUCAAAGCAGAUCCCGCCGAACACCUGGACAAAUUGCGGCCAGCGAAGCUCGCCAAUGGUAGACAGGCUCUCGUGAAUAAAACGCACUACAUGACCUUUUUUGACAACACUUGGGAUGGCCACCCACUCUACAUGCCAUCGCUGCACAUCACCGGCCUGGGCGAUGCCCCCGAAUACGGCCAGCAGCUGUUUGACAUUGCCGAACCCAGUGAAGCGGAGCAAAUUAAGCAUGUGUUUGGGCACGACUUUCCAAGAGGGCUGGAUAUGAACAAGACGAUUGCUAGGGCGAUAAGGGCGAUGGCAGAGAAAGCUCUAUAA